GUUGAGGUGAUCAGCUGAUCCAAGGUGAUCUUUAAAAUUGCGCGUGUCUGUUGGUUUCGUCGUAUUAUUUUUUUAAAUAAAAACAAAAGUACAAUUUAGAGAGGCUCUUAAACAAUGUACGUUUAAAAAAUGAAUUAUUUGUCCGUAUAAAACAAGAGAAUAUAUUUUUGUUUGCAAUAAUACAACACGUAUGUGCUGAGAGAGUGAGAGAGAAGGUGUGCAUGUGUGCGUACAAAGAGAGUGCGUGGAGAUCUAUAAGUGUAUACACAAAAAUACUGUGUGUUUGCAUAGAUAUUAUUACUCAACUUGAAACAAGGCUUGAAACAAGGGAGAAUAUAAUAUUUAUUAAUUUACAAUGGCCACUUUGUUGUCAUCACCGCCGAAUGUAAAGAGAAUCUCGCACAUCAGAAAUAUGCGACAUGGCAGCGUGAUAGAUAUAGACGCCGACAUGUUUCUCAAAAUAUCCAACUACGAGGACACUGUCAAACAGCUGGACAUAUACUACGGAAUCGUCAAGAGACAACUGUUGCGUUAUCAGAGUUGCAUCACGGGUUUGUUCCCGCAGAUAUCCACGGAUAAGAAGAUCGGCAGUGUGCGCGAGAGCAUCUACUGCGCUGCCGCGAUAUGGAGUUUGUAUCAAGCCUACAGACGUAUUGACGACGAUCGCGGAAAGUCGUACGAGCUCGGACAGUCCGCGAUAAAGUGUAUGCGCGGUAUAUUGGAGUGCUGGAUGAAGCAGGCGUCCAGAGUUGAGCUCUUUAAGAAAAAUCAAUGCGAUCGUUACGCUCUGCAUUGCAAGUUUCAUCUGGACACCGGGGAUGAGGUCUACAAGGAUGCCGAUUACCAUCACUUGCAAAUCGACGUUGUAUCUCUUUACUUGAUAUUCUUAGUGCAAAUGAUUUCCUCCGGGCUACAAAUCAUAUAUACUCAGGACGAGGUAGCUUUUGUGCAAAAUCUGGUGUACUAUGUUGAGAGAGCUUACCGAACACCGGAUUACGGUAUGUGGGAACGUGGUAGUCGUUACAACGACGGUACGCCGGAAAUUCACGCCAGUUCUAUCGGAAUAGCCAAGAGCGCUCUGGAGGCGAUAAACGGUUGUAAUUUGUUCGGAGAGAAAGGCGCGUCCUGGUCCGUGAUAUACGUCGACAUCGACGCUCACAAUCGUAAUCGCAGUAUCUUCGAGACGAUGUUACCGAGAGAAUCCAGUUCGAAAAGCGUGGACGCGGCUCUGUUGCCGACGAUAUCAUUUCCCGCGUUCGCGACUCACGAAGAUGUGCUGUACAACGAAACAAAAGCGAACGUGGUCCGCAGACUUAAGGGCAAUUACGGAUUCAAACGAUUUGGAAGAGACGGUUAUAAAACGGUGCUGGAGGAUAAAGAACGUCGUUACUACAGACCCGGAGAAAUCAAGGACUUCGACAACAUCGAAAGCGAAUGGCCGCUCUUUUAUAUUUUUAUGAUAAUAGACGGCGUAUUCAAGAGUCUUCCUGAGCAGGUGGAGGAGUAUCAGAGUUUAUUAAAGGCAAGAGUACACAAGGAUAUAAACGGAGAUCCGGUGAUUCCCAUGUACUAUUAUGUGCCUAUGGAAAAUUUGGAUACUGAAAGAAACGAGCCGUGCAGCGCUUAUCGACAACCAAGUGAGGAAGGAAGAGGCUUAAGAUCCGCGGAUCAAGAUUCAUUGCCGAUGUAUUUGUGGAAUCAAGCCAUGUUCGUGAUCGCACAGUUGCUUACCGCCAGUCUUUUGCACAUUAACGAAUUAGAUCCGAUUCGUCGAUAUUUGCCGUCGUACAAUCGUCCGAGACGAGCGGGCAGAUAUUCCGCUUUUCAGGGCACUCACACCGACCUAGUAGUACAAAUAGUUCUGAUCGCAGAAUCAAUGCGAUUGCAAGCGAUGAUGGCCACGUACGGCAUUCAGACGCAGACGCCGCACGAAGUCGAGCCCGUACAGAUUCUAUCGUCCACCCAAUUGGUGAAGGUUUAUCAAAAAUUGGGAGUAAACAAGAAGCUGAACCUCCAAGGCCGACCCGCGCGACCUAUAGGUUCUCUGGGUACGAGCAAGGUGUACAGAGUCUGCGGCAUGACGGUGCUCUGUUACCCUCUGAUCUUCGAGGUGUCCGAAUUUUAUUUGUACAGAGACAUGGCUCUUCUGAUCGACGAUAUUAAGACGGAGCUACAAUUCGUCGGCAAGUAUUGGCGUCUGAGCGGUCGACCCACCGUGUGUCUCUUGAUACGCGAGGAACACAUGAGAGAUCCUCAAUUCAAAGAAAUGUUAGACCUCUUCGCGAUGUUGAAGAAAGGCUACUGCGACAAAACCAAAGUGCGCAUAGGUCGGCUGCAAAAUCUGAUCUCGUCCUCUUGCAUCGAACACUUGGACUUUGUGAAUAUUAUGGAAACCGAUUUGGACUUGACGCAGUUCAAACAACUGCGGCACGAUUACAUCGGCUACCAAAGUCUCACGGAUGUUCCCAAAUCCAUCGCUUACAACGAAGACGUCAAGGAUUAUUCUCACAUGAUGAACGAAUCUUUGGGCAACAUAUUGAACGAACUUCGCAAUAGCGUUGGUUUGUACGCUAAAUGUCAAUUGUACGGCAUCCUAAUGAAACGAGAAGGAAUUAAUUAUGAAAUUAAUGGAAUGACAGUUCGGGAUAAUUUGCGAUCGUUGUAUCAACAAGCUGGAUCUCUGAGAUUCUGGAUAGUUGUGCGUUAUUGCAGCAGUCUGUUGAAUCACACGGUGGACAGCAUCAGUCCUUUUAUCACGGGUGUACUGGUCAAGGGAAAACAGAUCGCGGUCGGAGUUAUUGGACAGGAAGAAACGGUGUUUGACAAACCAAUGACGCCGGCGGAAAUCCAGUCAGUGAUGUACUCAACGAUACAGCCGCACAACACGGUGCAGGCCGUGCUUCAACAAGAGGUUCUGCUUUAUUGCGGCAGACUUAUCGGCACCAAUCCGGAAAUGUUCAAAGGCAUAUUAAAAAUACGUAUCGGUUGGGUUUUGGAAGCUAUAAAACUCUACCUGCAGAUGUUCGUGAAAGAUGCCAAACCGAUAGAGAAUUACAGUCCUUACGAAGUCCGACAGUUUCUUAUCAAAAUACUUACUGUCAAGGAAUGGGCUCACGCAGAAAAUCUGACGAUACUCGGUCGUCGAAAACUCGAGGGUUGCUUGUGCCGAGUGCCCGCACAUUUCUACAAUCAAGUAUGGGAAGUUCUGGUACGUUGCCCCGGUGGCGUUGUGGUGAACGGACGCGAAUUGCCUCAACAACCUACGGUCUCCAGUAUGACUCGUUCCGAGCUCACGUUUGCCCUGCUCGUGGAGUCUAUGCUACAUCGCAUAGAGUUGCCGGAAUAUCGUCAACUUGUGGUCGAGCUCUUGAGUAUCAUAUCAACAAUCUUGCUUCGAAAUCCGGAAUUAAAUUUCCAGAAACAACUGGACGUUAAUCGACUCGUGGAAGAUAGCUUUGUCAUGUACUGCAAGGAUCACAAUUUGUCUAAUGUAGACGACAAAUCGUCCUUCUUCUCCGCAAAUUACUCCAUAACCACGGGAUACUUCGCCAGAGCUGUGGUCAACAACGUCCUCACUGGCGGUUGCGUAACCACCAUCGUUGAUACCAACGACAUCAUCGACGAAUCGCAUCGAGAAAUGUGUAAAAUUACGUAACACGAGUCCUUGAAAAUAUUUUUUAAAUUUGAGAAAUUAAUUCGUGUUAGUAAAAAGAAAUUUAUAUGUAGACAUGUGUAAAUACAUCUCGCCAUAAUUGUUUAUCGCGAUAUGUACAUAAGUUUGUAGAAAAUGUAUAUAUAUAUAUACAUAUAUAUAU